CGCAUCAUUGUAAAGUAGUGAUAAACAUGGCGGUGUAAAUACAUUAACAGCGGUCGCUUGACAAAAACAACGGAAGUCGGAAAAGUUAAAUUGGGCUAUAAAUAAUCGAGGAAAGGACCAUUCAAACAUACCACAGCCAACAGCCAGAAGCAUCCUUGACUGUGUAAUAAAGUUAGGCUCGGCCCGGAUGAUAACUUGUCAAUAGCCCUCAGCGUGCCAGAGCACUUUGCAAAAUUGCAAGGGUACGACAGUACAACACCAGUUUGCCGUGCUCGUUGCUUUGAGAAGGUAAAGACAAGUUUAAGUGGCUCUGCUGCAAAACUGUGGUAACGACGCCCAGCUGCAGGUAAAAGAGGGUUGCCCCACUACUUAGCACCACCGUAUUUCCCAGGCCGCGCGUCAAGGCAGAAAACCUGGACGGUCCAGGGGAGAGGCCCCGGUUGCCCUUUGGCGUGCCAGUACCAGGAAUGCCGGUCCCAAUGGACGGACGAGAGCAGGGCUAUAUGCCGAGGCACACACCGUUUGUCAGCCAGCCUGACUACCGAAUUUACGAGCUGAACAAGAGGCUACAGCAACGAUCAGAGGAAAGUGAUAAUUUAUGGUGGGAUGCAUUUGCAACUGAGUUUUUUGAAGAUGAUGCCAGCCUCACGCUAUCUUUCUGUUUAGAAGAUGGUCCUAAGAGAUAUGCCAUUGGUAGAACCCUGAUCCCUCGGUACUUCCGUACAGUCUUUGAGGGCGGAGUGACAGACCUGUAUUAUCUCUUGAAGCAUCCUAAGGAGUCAUUUCAUAACACCACCAUAACGCUGGACUGUGAUCAGACAACGAUGGUGACACACCACGGCAAACCCAUGUUCACUAAGGUUUGCACUGAGGGUCGUCUGGUCGUAGAGUUCACUUUUGAUGACCUAAUGCGCAUACGAUCAUGGCAUUUUGCCAUCCGCCAACACAGAGAGCUAAUCCCCAGAAGUGUGGUGGCUAUGCAGUAUCAUUCUCAGGACCCUGCCAUGAUGGAACAACUGUCCAAGAACAUCACCAGACAAGGACUGACCAAUGUCACCCUUAACUAUCUCAGGCUGUGUGUGAUUCUAGAGCCAAUGCAAGAGCUGAUGUCUCGUCACAAGGCCUACAAUCUCAGUCCCAGAGAUUGUCUCAAAGCAACCCUCUUCCAGAAAUGGCAGCGGAUGGUUUCACCCCCUGCCGAAACAAACAGAACACAACCUAAACGUCGGAAGCGCAAAUCUUCAAACAGCUUGCCAGCAGGAGGGAGCAGCAUGUCCAACAACAUGUCAGGAGGCUCCAAGAAAAAAUCCUCUCCCGGCAGCUACAGCAUGUCCACAACACCAGAAGGUGUACCCACGCGUAACGGGCCGGCGGGCCGACACAAGAGCAAACGUAACCGUCCGAGCUCACCACAGCCCGUCCCCAUGCCUCCCUGGAUUCAUGAGUCCGUCUCAGAGGAUGUAAUGGUGGUUGGAGAGCCUUCCCUGAUGGGUGGGGAGUUUGGUGAUGAGGAUGAGCGACUGAUCACUCGCCUGGAGAACCAACAGUUUGAUUCAAACAACGGUAUGGACAAUGAGGAGGAGUUUGAAGCUGGUACCGGCAAGCGACCGUCCUCUGGUGGACCAGGUUCCUGGGCCUCUGCCCCUGCUGACGUCAAACCAACGGUUCCAGUUACCCAGGGCCAGGAUGAAAAAGCAGCCUCUUCAAAUUCAAACUGAAGCAAAGAAACCUAAACAAUAAUCUUAACACCCAACAAACUGUUCACAGAAAUCCAGUCUAACCCCUCCAGAAGUUCUGUGGCAACUCUUGUUGCCUUGCUUUUCUUUCAUCAUUUAAACCACAGAGGGAAACUGAGUAUUGCCCUAUGAACAAAGACACUGUCCAUGCUAAUUGUAAAUGUAAUGUAUAAUGAAUGGCAUAAUGAGAAGUGCCUGGUUAUUCAGGAGCUUUUUUUGUCUGUUCUCCACCGGGGAUGCAAACGUUUGUUGUCCUUACUCUCUAGAAUCCCUGGAAACUUGAUUGGGAUGUCGGUCACCUGGUCCUAAAAUAGGAUUGGAUGCAAUUAUCUCAUUAAGAAAAAGCAAAGCAAAUGACACUUGUGUGUUUGUUUCACAAGGGAUGCUAUGGGUUUGUGGUUGAUUAAAGUGUUAACCAGUUCGCGCUGGAGGCCGUGUAUACAUGCAAAAGUUUUGUGGUUUUCGGAACAGAUGACAGAUAAACACACAGAGAGCGAGGCUGGAAAUAUCUGUCAGCGACCCCCUUGCAGCGAGUGAGGCCAGAAAUAUGAGUGUGCUGCCCGAGGGUGAUGGCUUCAACCCGCCUGGCUUGAGGUCGAGUGAAAAGUAUUCCUGCUCCUCGUUCUGUUCUUGUUUGUCAAAAUAAUCCUGGCGUGAACUGGUUAAUUAAUUGGUCAUCACAUUCUACUCCAUACACAGGGUGCCAACCAGUGUAUACAUGUGACCUGCUCUUUGCUGCUUGGCCACACAACAGUGUCAUCCACAGUUUCUGCACAGAGUCAGUAGUUUGAUGGCAAAUUAUUUGGAAGGGAGAAGGGUGUAUUGGAAAAAAAGUGAGGAUUGAUACGUUUAUUAUGUUUUAUUGGGAGUGGGUUUGGUGUCCUUGAAAAGGACAAUUUUUAGGGAAGGAUGUUUUAGUGAGUCACCUACACUGUUGAAAAGAAUUGACAAUACAUAUGUUGACCUGAUUUAAAAAAAAACAAAAAAAAAAACUGUUACUGAUAUAAAAUAACCAAAGCACCUUCAGGAUUGCUGCUAAGUUCAUGUAUUUUGAUGCAUUGAAUAUGUAUUGCAUAUUCAAAAUUUCAACUUCAAAACAUGCAGAUUUUAAAAGGUGGUCCAUUCAUUAGCAAACAUGUUCUUGCAGUUUGCAGAAAUAUUUUACACUCAUUUUACAACAUUUGGCAGAGGAAAGAUAGUUAUAAACAGAGGGCGCCACUUUCUUAUACAAACUCUUUAUUCAUAUUUAUUAUACUGAGUCAAAAGUUAAUGUGUUUUUAGUUUUGUUCCUGAAAUUACUUGUUUUCCUCUAGUCUUAGGGUGUUUCUGUGUGUUUUUCUUAUAUCAAGAGAGGUGUGUUCCCCCAGGAGUCUGGAAACACCUGUUUAAAGUAUGCAUACUCCUUUUUAAAGUAUGCAUGAGUAAUGUUUUUCAAGAGCUGCAAGAUCAACUAAGGAGGUCAAGUCAUCAUGUUGACUGCAUUGAUGUUAAAUAUCAAGACGGAUGGUGAACAAACAAACAAAUCAAGUUCGAUUUUUGACUGUUCCCCAUUGUUCAGUUUUCCUAUAUGACGGUAUUAUGGAACAGAGAAGAUUUUGGUUCGUAACUAAGCAAUCUGUUUAAAACAAAAGUCUUGUUUGAAAGGUUUGGUUAAAUUGGGGGGGGGGGUUGGUCUUGUGAAUUGCUUUAGGUGAUGGGGAAUUGGAGUAACUUCUGUUUACAAGCAAACUACUUGUGUUCUUUUCUGCAACAGAGUGGACAGAAAAAAAUAGCUCUUUUUUUACAGUAGCAGGGGUUCCUUUAUUACACCUAUUUACAAUUUACUGAAAGCCAUUUAUCUAUAUACAAUGCAAAUACUGCAUGGGUUCUAUUGAUGUCCACAGCAUGUACCUCUACUCUCCAUCCACUUUGUGGAACGGGGAAAUUAGGGACUUCAGACAGUGUGGCAGUUUAUCACUUCUGUUUCAUUUAGUAUUUUUUCUUUUUUAAGAACAACUUUGGCCUCACAUAUUUGGACUUGUUUCGGCUUGGGACCCCAAAUAACCUGAUUCAUACCAGGAAGCAAACUUUAAACCUUUUAAGACAAAAUAUGUGAGAACACCAGGUAAAGAAACCUGCUUGCUGUGCUCUCCAACAGGGUUAACUGGUACUCGGUAAAUACUUUUAAAUAUUUAAAUAUCAGCUACAUCGUCAAUAAUGUCAAACAACUAUACUCAACAUAUUUUAAUCCAUUAAAAAACUGAAUUUGACAAUGCCAGAUUUUGAACCUUUUUAAAAAAACAGAAAUGCUGUGGCAUAAGCCUUUGUACAUAUUUUAUAACAAUUGUUUAUUUCCCCAUUUCAGUCUUUGUUUCGUAUUUAUAUUAAAUGGAUUAUUGUAAGUUUUGUUGGAGUAGUUUAGACAAGUAUUUGACAAACCUCACCUACUUUUUACUGUAUAUAUUAUACAGUAUGGGUAUAGAUAAAGUAUUUGUACGGAUGAUUUGGCAUGUGCAGAGAGGGUUUCUUGUUUUAAAAAAAGUCUUCAACCAAAAAGUGAAGAGUUCAUAAAUAAAAAUUCAUAUGAAGUACAACUA